AGCAACAGGUUUCCUUGACACAUCUGAAGAACAUCCAGGCUGCUUUUGAAGAAUCUGAAAAUGAUGGCAGAUCAUCAUUGGAUAUAGAAGCAUUCAAGGUGAUAAUGAAGAAAUGUCUGGGAUACCAUAGCAUACAUGAUGACCAAAUAGAAGAACUUUUCAGGAAGAUUGAUUAUUCUGCAAAUGGUCAGAUUGAAUGGGAUGAAUUCUGCACAUACAUGCAACUAAAGUAUAAGGAGAUUGAGGAAUCUUACAUUCGAUCAAAACACGUUUCAUUCUCCCUUCCGGCCACCGUCAGGGUGCUUUCCCACGCAGAGCAGAUUCUGCGCAUUUACUUCACACCUGAUGAGACCUUCAUCAUGAUGCGAGAAGAUGGGACCAUUUCCUUCUGGUCAACCCAGCUAAAGCUGAAGCGUAGUCGGAGGCUCUUUGAGAAGCCUUUUAACCGAAAGUCAAAAUGGAUAACUGACUUCACCAUCAUGUAUCAAAAUAACAAGUUCAUUUUAAGUACUGGAGAUCGGGAAAUUCAGAUUUAUGAGCUCUCUACCUUUGAGCCAUAUUGCCAGAUCACUGGUUUGGAGACAUGUCCAUUACAGCUCGACUACUGUUCUACAGGUGCCGACGACUGCAUGAUUCUCUACGGAGAUGACCAGGGCUGUGUAAAUAUUUUACUUCUGUCAUCUGUAGCAGAGACUUUAAGAAUGUGGAAGAAGUGUCCUAAAGUGGAUAAUUUGCCCAGCAUUAACAUAGAAAAUUCUGUCCUGUCACCAAAUGUGACUUACAUUCGAUGGAAGGUACAUGAAGACUGGGUAACGCAGCUGAAAUACUAUGAUUCAAUCACAGCAGUUAUAACUGCCUCCAGCCACGAUGCUACAGCCUUGGUAAUCGGCUGCACCACUGGUACCACAAACCUGGAGAAACAGAUGAAGGAAAUGAAAGAAUGCUGGAAAGAGGGGAAGACUACAAAAUGCCACAGUCCUUGUGUUCCUCAGAGGAGGCUGGAGUGUGAUCAAUCUGUAUUCUGUGUUCAUAAAGGUGUAAAGACUUUUGAUUUGUGUAAGAAGAAGAACCUGCUUGUGACAGGUGGAAUGGACAGGAUUGUGCGGAUGUGGAACCCUUAUAUUCCUGGGAAACCCACCAGUUUGCUGAGAGGCCACUGUGCUCCAAUCUGCUUUCUUUGCAUUUCCACUGAUGACAGUAAACUCUUUUCUGUCUCCACCGACAACACUGUGAAGAUUUGGGAUACUGAAGAUCAGUGUUGUCUGUACACAGCCAAUCAGAAAGCCAGUGAAAUUAAAGGAGAUAUAUCAGCAUGCCUCUACAUAUCAGGGAUCAAAGCACUUUGCAUUGCUGCAGACACCAUUGCCCUUCUGCACCUCAGGAUAAAACCUCGGCCGCAGCCACACCAUAUUAAAUCCCAUAAAGAGCCAGCUCUGUGCUGCAUUUACUGUAGAGAAUUUCGGCAAGUCAUUAGCUGUUCGGAAGGAUCGGUGAUCAAAGUCUGGGACCUUGACACAGGAAACCUUGCAUUUGAAUUCAGUGGAGCCCAUGGUGAUUCUGCCAUUUGUUGCAUGGCUUUUGAUGAGAGUGGAAGGAGACUAAUUACAGGAGGAAGAGAUGGAUGUGUGAAGAUCUGGAAUCAUAAUAAUGGCCACUGCUUAAAAAUACUGAAACGAGAGGACAGAUGUGAUGAAAUCUGUGACUGCAUCUACGUGGAAAUGCACAAAAAUAAUUAUGUGCUUGCUGUUGGAUGGGAUAGAAGAAUAAAUAUAUACCGUGAUUCAUUUGAUGACCUUCAUCAUGUUCAGCCUCCUCAGCCCCAUUGGCAGGAUGAUCUGAAAUGGGGACACAAGGAUGACAUUCUGUGUAUAGCCCAAUGUCCCCCAACACUUCUUGCCACCUCCAGCUAUGAUGGUGAAACAAUUGUUUGGAAUAUGAUCUCUGGUCACAUCUGUUGUCACCUACAGAACCCAACAACCAAAGUGUGCAGAGAUGGAGAAGGUACACUUGUUUUCUGGAACCUGUUCAAUGGUGGACAGCUCUAUGGUACUUUCACUGCUUCCAGAGUGAAGUCUCAGUUAAGCAGCCUUGGCUCAUCGACCAAUGACUCGUUACUUUACACAGCAGAUUAUGUUGGCUAUAUCUAUGUUUACAGUAUAAAGGACUACGCUGUUCAUGGACCAGAAGCAGAUCCACCAAAAAUUCUUAACUACUGGAGAGCCCACAUAAGCAGUGUUACUUGCAUGGAAUUGAUAGAAGAACAAAAUUUGAUGGUGACUUCCUCUUUUGAGGGUACUGUACGACUGUGGAGCAUGGAUGGAGAAUUAAUUGGUACUUUUGGGCAGCCACAGCCAUGGGAUGUUUAUGGUCCAGCCUCAUGGAUGCACCCAAUGGUUCCCUAUGAGAUUCUGGUUGAUCCGCUCAGCUUGCCCAUUCACCCACUGUUGGAAGAAGAGGUCCCUAUAAUGCAACAUGUCAAUUUAAGCCAAAAUGAAGAAAAGAAA